UUUCGUUGCUUUGCUAUAAGUAUAGCAGUUGCAGUUGCAGCUGAACGGUGAGAUUCACUCAGCAAAAUUGCAAAGUAAAAGCUUUUGGGAGGGAAAGGGAAAGAGACAUGUCCUCGAACAACCCUUCACAACUCCUGCCUUCAGAGCUGAUAGAUCGAUGCAUAGGGUCGAAAAUAUGGGUGAUAAUGAAGGGUGACAAGGAGCUAGUUGGAACCCUAAGGGGUUUCGACGUUUAUGUCAACAUGGUCCUUGAAGACGUCACAGAAUAUGAAAUUACAACCGAAGGACGGCGGAUAACAAAGCUUGAUCAGAUUUUGCUUAAUGGAAACAACAUUGCCAUUCUGGUCCCUGGGGGAUCUCCAGAUCCAGAAUGAGAUUAUGAGACAGUGGUGGGCCCUCUAUUCUCUGGCAUCUUACUUUUAGGUGAUUAAGGUAGAUCACGUUCUCAGGUUUCAUGGGAGAUCUGAAGACCAGAAGUCCGCCUUUUUCACCACUAGUUGGUAAUUGUAACAUUCAGUAGGUUGCUAGGUUUGGGAGAAAUUAAAGUGGGAUGAUCUUUAAUUCUUAUAAUGAUGUUGAUGAUAUCCAAAUAUCUUCAUCCCAUCCUAUACCAUUGCCACCUAGUUGUCUUGAAGAUUAAUGCUUCUUUGGAGUUUUGAAUUGCUUUUAGUCCUAUCAUAUUCAUGAGUUAAUGAAUUUCCAUGGAAUCUUUCAAGGGUUUAA